AUGUUCGGAAAUGGGCUGAUGCUAAGAAACUACAGGAGGAGAGGGAUUCCUCAUUACCCCCCACAUCCGAUCUUGGGAAGUCUAACAUUUCUGCAGCGGCAGAAUCCUUCUAUUUGGAUGCGGCAACUAUACAAAGACUUCAAAGCUCCAUAUGUGGGUAUAUGGUUAUUCUGGCGACCAGGCUUGGUGAUCAACAGCCCCGAAAUAACGAGAAGGAUUCUGGUCAAGGAUUCGGAGAACUUCAGAAAUCACUUUCUUAGUUCCGGGAAGACUGAUCCUAUAGGUUCUUUGAAUUUGUUUACGGUUAAUGAUCCAAUCUGGACAUCACUGAGACGUCGUUUAACAGGGGUAUUCACGUCUGCCAAGUUGAAAAUGCAUAGUGGUAUUGUACGAAUAAAAACGAAUGAUCUAUUAGAACGUAUCAGAGACGAAACAUCUAAAAAUAAUAAUAUACAUCUUAGAAAACUAUUGUCAGACUUCACGGUUGAUAUCAUAGGAGAAUCAGCAUUUGGUAUUGUGAGUGAGUCGGUGAAGACUGGGAAUAGUGUCAUGAAGGAAAUCGCCCAGGAAUUUAUGAAUUUUGGUCUGCACAGAGGGCUUAGUUGGUCCAGCAUAUUCUUUUUUCCAGAAUUAGUUGAUGUAUUUAGAUUCUCUUUUUUUCCAAAACACACAAUAGAACGACUCCGUUUGAUAUGUCGCUCUGUCAUAAAUCAGAGAGGAGGAUUCGAAAAAAAGAUGAAAGAACCCAAAGACCUCUUAGACGCUUUGAUUAAGAUGAAACAAGAAGCUUCUGAAGAAGGAGAAGAAAUGAGUGAAGACUUCCUAGUUGCUCAAGCCUCAAUUUUCCUAGUUGGAGGAUUCGAUACAUCAGCAUCCACUAUGAGCUGGGUCAUUUAUCAUCUAGCAUGGCAUCCAGAACAUCAGCAAAGAUUGUACGACGAAAUCCUGAAUCUCAAACAAAAGUAUGAAGGUGAAGAUUUAAGCCCCAGCGCUCUCUCAGAGCUUACGUACUACAAUUGUGUCAUAAAAGAAACUCUGAGACACUUUCCACCAAUGGGCUGGUUGGAUCGCGUUGCUACAAAAGAUUAUCAAAUCGACGAAAAUCUGACUAUUCCCGCUGGGACCCCGGUCUACUUAAAUGCCGUAGGCAUGCAAGUAGACCCGCAGUACUUCCCUGACCCAAUGGUGUUCAACCCUGAUAGAUUUUUGCCAGAAAAUGAGCGGAACAAUACGCCUUUUACAUUUCUACCUUUCGGAGAUGGACCGAGGGCUUGCAUAGGUAUGCGAUUCGCUUUCCAUGUUCUGAGGCAGGCCUUGUCAUCAAUAAUAUACAAUUUCGAGAUACGAGUGGUGCCUGAUACUCCUAAGCCCAACGAAGUCGAGGUGGAAAAAAAAGGAACGUUCUUCAUGCCCAUGGAUGAAAGAAUGGUCGUUCAGUUUGUGCCUAGAGAAAAUUUACAAAGUUCUAUGUGA